UCUACUGUAGUUCUAUGUACUGUAGUCGGGAUUUAGGGCUUGUUUGCUGCAGCUUCGUACAGGAUUCAUGCUUGCGAAUCGGUAAGGCGUCUGCUGCAGAGGCCCGAGAUGACUUGCGAGUGGGUGGUUCCCAGCCACGCAGUUCGUGACGGCUGACGCUUGGAUUUUCUUGAUUGGGUUUCCCAGCCACCUGCAAUCGGAUUUCAAGAUGGUGAAUCUUUUUAUUCAUUACUAGAGGACUUUUUGAUAAUCGAGUGCUUUUUUUGAGCGCAGCAAUUUGUUGUGGUGAUCAGGCUCUGCAGCCUCGUUGUAGAUCUCCAAGCUCGAAUCAACCUGCAUAUUCCAACAAAUAUCACAAUGCGAAUCAACUUGAGCAUCCUAGCUCUCCCGGCAUCAAUCCUCACCUUGAUAGCUUUACAUACAACCUCCGUUCUAUCCACAGAAGACGACCAGUCCCCGAAACAAUGGCCGUACAAUCUCCCACCACACGUCAAGUACUGGCCAGAAGAUCCGCCGAACCGGCGUCGGGAUCUCGAAGCUAUAGAGGAGCAUCUGCGGUUGGGCAGGGCUCCGGUGGGAAUUAUGAAGAUGGGGACGGAUGAGGGGGAGAAGUUCUAUAUGGAGUAUUGGCAGUUUGAGGGAGAGAUGACUCUGAUGGAUAUUUCGAGCAAUACUUUAAGGAAGAGAGAUGAGGAAGAGGAAGCUAGGCUUUUGGCGAAUGCUUCUGCGGUGUUGGAUUUUAGACCGCCGUUUAUGCUGCAUACGGAGGAUUCGAGUUAUGGGAACUUGAGAGCUCGGAGAGCUUUGGAGGCACGAAAUGCUUUGGCGGUGCUGGGGAAGAGAGGCUUUCUUUGUCCAACGGGCACGGCGGAUUGUUCUAGUAUUGGUCAACCCAAUUACUGCUGCGCAACAGGAGAGACGUGCUUCGCUAUUCAGGAUGCUGGGUUGGGACCUGUUGGAUGCUGUCCGACGGGAAGUACUUGUGGUGGGACGGUCACGACUUGCAAUGCUCCGAAUACGCCUUGUGCGGAUAAUGUUGGUGGAGGGUGCUGUAUACCGAAUUAUGUGUGUGCCACUGUUGGUUGCGUGAUCAAUCCUUCUAUGGUUAUCACUACAGUUAUCACUCAGACAGUCACACUUACAGCUUCUUCUUCGACGCAAACUAGCACUAUUGUCAUUACCACGACGUCAACUACUUCAUCAUCGUCCUCGUCCACAUCUUCGACCUGUACGUCGAGCUACCAAAGCUGUCCAGCAAGCCUAGGAGGAGGAUGUUGUCCAACAGACCGACUCUGCGCUUCAGGAGCUUCAUGUGCCCCUCUUUCGACAACUACCACAACUACGGUAUCAACCAGCACAACUGGAACAUCAACAGUAUCAGGCGUAGCUCCAGUCCGACCAACCAGCGAUUCCUCGACCUCGACUCAGUCCUCAAUAACAGGUACCACCUGCCCUACAGGCUUUUAUGCCUGCGAGGCAUACUAUGCCGGAGGAUGCUGUCGAACGGGACGAGAUUGCCAAACUACCUCUUGUCCUCCGGUUAGCUCAACUACUAUCAUCAGCGGUACCGUAACAGUAGUCGUCCCCGUCGGCUCAGCUGCUACAGUCAAUACUCCCACAGGUGCUUGCGCCACGGGCUGGUCGACUUGCUCAGCUAACGUUGGAGGGAAUUGCUGUCCUAGCGGGUGGCAAUGCGGGACUGCUAGUUGUUCAUCUGUGGGAGCAACGAGUACUGCUGUGUUGCAGAAAGAGAGUCCAAGUUUAGGACUAAGAGAUAGGGGUGUAGAUGCAUUCUUCGCUGCUUUUGCGGCAUUUGUGGUUGGAUUAAUGUUAUUGUAAUGAUAGAAUUGUAGAUAGAUACCCUAGACUUCUUUAAUACAGUUCACACAUACGACAAGAG